CUCGGCCCAGGUGAGAAAGGCCCACCUGAGUCCUGGGUGAGAGUGUUCCUUGGUUCUUUGGGGCUAGAGGAAUCCUGAAAUUGUGGAUUACCCAUAUAUACUUUGAGACAUGCUUUAGAUGUUUUUUCUGGAAGCCUUGCAGCUGCCCUAAAAAUUGAAUGUAUUGUAGAACAGACCUAUGGCCAGUGGUGGCAGAGUCUGCAUAGAACUAUGCUUCGUGGUGUUCUGGGAAAAACCUUUCGACUUAUUGGCUAUACUAUUCAAUAUGGCUGUAUAGCUCAUUGUGCUUUUGAAUACGUUGGUGGUGUUCUCAUGUGUUCUGGACCAUCAAUGGAACCUACAAUUCAAAAUUCAGAUAUUGUCUUUGCAGAAAAUCUUAGUCGACAUUUUUAUGAUAUCCAAAGAGGUGACAUUGUCAUUGCAAAAAGCCCGAGUGAUCCAAAAUCAAACAUUUGUAAGAGAGUAAUUGGCUUGGAAGGAGAUAAAAUCCUCACCAAUAGUCCAUCAGAUUUCUUUAAAAGUCAUAGUUAUGUGCCAACAGGUCAUGUUUGGUUAGAAGGUGAUAAUCUACAGAAUUCUACAGAUUCCAGAUAUUAUGGACCUAUUCCAUAUGGACUAAUAAGAGGACGUAUCUUUUUCAAGAUUUGGCCUCUGAGUGAUUUUGGAUUUCUCCGUGACAGCCCUAAUGGCCACAGAUUUUCUGACGAUUAGCAAGCAUUUAUUCUUUUGAUUAUUCUCUCCAAGUGAAUUUAUUAU